GUUUGUCGUCACUUCAAGAUGUCUACCGAUUCGUGAAAAAGGCUUAUUUGUCAAUUGCAACAUAACUGAAUUGCAAUGAGUGAUCAUCAGCAAUCCGAUUUAAAUGUAGUGGCAACAGGUUCAUCAAAUGACCUCUAUAAAUCUUCUCCUGUUCGAAUUCCGGGUCCUAGGAAAGUAGAAGAACUUGCCAAACGCAUUGGAAUCGAUCUGAGUGACGAUGAAGUUCAGGAGUAUAGUGAGUUGAUAAAGGGGCUUAUGGGGUGUUUCGUCUCUGUGGAAAAAAUACCAGAGCCGACACUACCGGUAAAAUAUCCAAGACUUCCCGGAUACAGGCCAUCGGCAGAGGAAAAUCCUCUAAACGCAUGGUACUGGAAAACUAACAUAGAGGGGGCGCCGGCAGGCAUUCUGAAAGGGAAGAGCGUGGCGAUCAAAGACAACAUUGCCGUUUAUGGAGUUCCUAUGAUGGGCGGAUCAUGGAUAAUUGAGGGCUAUGUACCAGAGUUUGACGCUACCGUAGUGACCCGGAUUCUCGACGCAGGUGGUGUAAUUAAAGGAAAAUCUGUUUGUGAAGAUUUCUGUAUAUCGGGGGAGAGCUUCUUUGGAGCUAAAGGUCCAGUAUUGAACCCUCAUAAUAAGCAAUACAGUGCCGGAGGAUCAAGCUCGGGUAGUGCGGCUUUGGUUUCAGCUGGUGAGGUAGACAUGGCUAUUGGUGGUGACCAAGGUGGGUCUAUCCGCCUUCCUUCAAGUAUAUGCGGCAUCGUUGGUUUAAAACCUACGCAUGGGCUUGUGCCAUACACAGGAGCACAGUCGAUCGAACCAACUGUUGAUCACCUUGGGCCUAUGGCGAACACGGUAUACGACUGUGCCUUGUUGCUUGAGGCGAUAGCUGGUUACGAUGACGGAUUGGAUCCGAGACAGAAUCAGACAAAAAUAUCACCAGUAAAGUACACCAAAGAGUUGGAAACAUACAACCUUUCCGAAUUUAAAAUUGGUGUGCUUAAAGAGGCCUUUGAACAAAAGGAAUCCGAUCCUAAAGUGAACCGCCUGAUUAAGGACGCUUCAGUUCUCUUACGUGAUGCUGGGGCUGGUGUCCAAGAAGUGUCGGUACCAAUGCACAAAGAUGGUCCAAACAUGUGGUUUUGCGUUGGAUACCAAGGUGUUGCCGAUACACUGAUGAGAGGAAAUACUGUUGGUAGUGGCUUCAAAGGAUUUUAUCCGACAAGCCUAGUUGAUGCUGUUGGUAGAGGCAUCCAGGCCCAGCCUAACGAUCUGCCACAUACAGCAAAGCUCUGUUGGAUGAUUGGAGAGUACAUGAAACACGAAUACCAUGGACGGUAUUAUGGGAAAGGUCAAAAUUUGGGAAGAUUACUCGCCGCCGAAUUCGACAAAGUGUUCCAGGACUUUGACGUACUGUUAAUGCCAACGAUCCCAUAUCCUCCAUCUAAACUUCCACAGAAGGAUACAUCUAUUACUGAUCUAAUUACAAAAUCAUAUGGCGUUAUAAAUAAUACCAUUGUCUUCAACUUGACUGGUCACCCAGCACUGUCCAUCAACGCUGGCUUCAUAGAUGGUCUACCAAUCGGGAUGAUGUUAGUCGGGAAGAUGUUCGACGAAAUAACAUUACUGAAAGUGGCUAACGCGUAUGAAAAACUGCGUGAUUCAGCACCCAAAUAACAAGGAAAUCACAUUUCAAAUAGGCCAACAUAUACGUAUGCAUAUAUAUACACCCACAUACAUAUACAUUAUAUAUGUAAACACACAUACAUAUACAUAUAUACAUAUAUAUAUAUAUAUACUGUAUAUAUAUAUAUGUAGGCUUAUUUGAAUAACUAUGUAUAAUUAUAUGCUAUAAUUUUAGAAUCCAUAAAAAUACUCCUACUUAUAAUAAACUUAUCCAUAAAAUAUCACUUCAUUGCAUCAAAAACAAGUAAAGGAAACAUGAAACUCAUCAGUAUCAGUAUUAUUUUGCUGUUAAUUUCCGUACUGAUAGUAAUUAUCUGUAUUGUUUUGCUGUUAAUUUCAGUAUUGUUAAUACUUAUCAAUAUUAUUUUGCUGUUAAUUUCGAGAAGUUAAUAUUUGAUUAAUACGUGUAUCAUUAAUUGUAUUACCUUUAAUCCUGUGAUCUUAACUUUGUGGAUGUCUUUUAACAAAAUUCAAUGUAUUCUGUGUUGUAGAAUAAGCUUUUAUCAUAUUUAAAAUAAAAUCUCUUCUCAAUUGUAUUAAUUUAAACAGGAUCAUUCAGACUGUUACCCUUGUCUGAAAUUGUAUUCUGUAUAAAUAUGUUUUAAAUAAAUUUAAAAAAAAUGAAUGACUAGUUUUCAUUGUGAUACAAACUUAACUGAAUUAUAUAGCUUUGCGCCAACUCCUUCAACAAUGCUUCCUUUAUUAUGAAUAAUAAAUUUCAUUACCGAUUAUUA